UGUGACCUAAGAUGGUCGCAACGAAGAAUCAGGAGAAUUAACAUUUGAUUCGAUUUGAAAUAAUCCAAGUACUUUCGCACUGUCUAUUCGCAUCAGGUAAAAGAUCUUUUUUAACAAUUUGCUAUUCCUUAUGGGCAAGUCGUAAUAUUCUGCGACAAAAAGUAACAAAAACAAUUCGCUCUAAUUAAGGUUAGUACUAAGAAAUACCAGUGAACUUGAUAAUGAGCCACGCUUCAAUCAGUUGAAAUUAAUAGGAGAGAAUUUCAAAACGAAAUAUAUCCUCCGCGGAGGUGGAAGAAUUCUCUUUUUAAAAUCGCGUGCAAAUCCAAUCCAAGUGAUUUUGACACGUGAUAUUAAGACACGUUGAUAUACGUUGAUAUAUUUCGAUCUGCGACAAUUCAUAUUAACGAUCAUGAUGAUGGAACGCUGUCAAAAUGCUCCUAAGAUCCUGGACGGCGGCUUCUCCGGGCAGUUGUCACGACAUGUGAGUGCAAAAAUCGACGGUGAUCCGCUGUGGACGGCGCGGUUCCUUAAAACCAAUGUCGAUGCCAUAUAUGUCACACACCUGGAUUUUCUACGCGCCGGUGCUGACAUUAUUGAGACUAACACCUAUCAAGCAUCCGUACCUGGCAUGAUGAAGUAUCUGAAUAUAAGUGAACAUGAAAGUUUGGACUUGCUCAAUACAUCCGUAAACUUAGCUAGGAAAGCUGUGGAUGACUACAUCCGAGAAGAGAGCAUUCCCUUGGAUUCGAGACCUAUGGUUGCUGGAUCAUGCGGUCCUUAUGGCGCUUACCUACACAAUGGGUCUGAAUAUACCGGUUCCUAUGGAAAGAAUAUAUCCCGACAAGAACUAAUUGAUUGGCACAGGCCGCGCAUUAAGGCACUAUUGAACGCUGGUGCUGAUCUUCUAGCUUUCGAAACUAUACCCUGCGUCGAGGAAGCAGAAGCCAUUCUGGAGCUGCUGAAAGAAUACCCACACGCUCGUGCCUGGCUCUCGUUUUCAUGCCGAGAUGGUCAAUUCAUAUCGGACGGCAGCGUAUUCCAAAGUACAGCUGUGCGCUGUUAUCGCACUUCGCCAUCACAAAUCGUUGCAGUUGGUGUAAAUUGCAUCGAUCCGAAGUACGUGACUCCCUUACUGAAGGGUAUCAAUGAAAGCACGUCAUCGGAACAGGAUUUCAUUCCCCUGGUAGUAUAUCCCAACAGAGGUGGCAGCUAUUCCGCAAGUGGCGAAUGGAUCGCAGUCCAAGAUAAUCAUUCUCUGAAUCUGCCCAUAUCAGAAUGGUUGGACAUAGGAGUUCGUUACAUCGGCGGUUGCUGCAAGAUCUUCGCAGAAGACAUUAAGCUAAUUCGAUCGGAAGUGAGUCGACAUAGCAAGAAAUUUUGAACGAGUGAUGCCAGCGACUUCCAAAUAUAUUUUUUACAAAUAUUGAUACAUAUACGUGCUGGUUACAACCAGGGAUUGCAACUUCUAUCAUUCUCAUGGCAUCUGGUUAAAACUACCUGGGUGUGCGUCGUCCAUUUUAUCGAAUGCAAUAAUUUUUAUACUAAUUUCUCGUAUAUAUUACCGGUAUUACACAGUCCGGAUUGCACGAUUUUAUAUCGAGAUUUUAUAACGAGA